AAGCUCAGGAGGAAGAAGUCCAUGAACCAGCCCCCCCUCCAGCUCAUGAGCCAGAGGAGAAGCCCAGAAUAAAACUAACUGCUCCUAAAAUACCGGAGGGUGAAAAAGUAGAUUUUGAUGACAUCCAAAAGAAAAGGCAGAACAAAGACCUGAUUGAACUGCAGGCCUUGAUUGACAGCCACUUUGAAGCCAGGAGGAAGGAAGAGGAAGAGCUUGUUGCCCUCAAGGAGAGGAUUGAGAAGCGCAGAGCUGAAAGAGCAGAGCAACAGAGAAUUCGGGCUGAGAAGGAGAAGGAGCGUCAGGCAAGGCUGGCGGAGGAAAAGGCACGGAGAGAGGAAGAAGAUGCCAAAAGAAAAGCUGAGGAUGAUCUCAAGAAGAAGAAGGCUCUGUCCUCCAUGGGUGCCACAUACAGCAGCUAUCUGGCUAAGGCUGAUCAGAAGAGAGGCAAGAAGCAAACAGCUAGAGAGACGAAGAAGAAGGUCCUGGCAGAGAGGCGCAAGCCCUUGAACAUCGACCACCUUAAUGAAGACAAGCUGAGGGACAAGGCUAAGGAGCUGUGGGACUGGUUAUACCAGCUGGAGACUGAGAAGUAUGACUUUACGGAGCAGAUCAAGAGGAAAAAAUAUGAGAUUUUAACAAUGCGUUGCAGGCUGCAGGAGCUUUCCAAGUUCAGCAAGAAGGCAGGAGCCAAGGGCAAGGUUGGUGGGCGCUGGAAGUAAAGAACCAGGCAGGAUGGCCCUUCGUGGCAUGCCAAAACCCUGCUGGUCUCCUCUUUCUUCCUUCACUGAUCACUUGUGUUCCCACACCUCAACGAUAACCAAAACCGCAACAUCAGCCUGGGUUGGCUAUUGCUGCUGCUUUUCCUCUUUUCCUUCCUGGAGGGGCCUGGUGGCUUCUUCAGUCAAAAAGGAAGCAGGUUCCCCACGGAACUGAGCUGACUACUUGCUGGCAUAAAAAAAGUCCUUUAUCCUCCCGAUACCAGCCCCAUGCUGUCCCGUAGAUUGUUGUGUACAAAUCUCUGGAUUUUGUAAAUAAAGCACGACCAGUCCCUACUCCAAU